CUUCCAACCUGUCCUUGGCUCGCCCAGCCUCCGUCCAUCCACUCUCACUCCUUCCUUGGCUCUGUGCCUCUCUUCCUUCGUUGUCUGUGAUAUGAGACCGUCCAUUUGUGUUCCCCGUCGUUCUCUUCGUCACGAUGAGGUCCUUCAUCAUGGACCCGAAUCGUCGCAGAAGCGAAAUUCAUCCCUCGUCGGCACCAGGUGGUGUUCGCGAGAAGAUACGAUCGUCCGUUCUACCCCGUCAAUCGAGUUGGAGUCCGGGGAUAUGGAAACCGUCGUUCGUGAAGAUGGGGAAUAAGAUCCCAGGUGGAAGAAUUCGGAAGGAGAUGUUCCCUCCUUUACCACCGCCCCCACCGCCGUCUUGGAAUAAGGACGCCAUCCCGAUUCCGUACGAUACCAGCUCCUUGAUAUCUUGGAGUUCCACGUGGAGCGAUGGGUCCUAUUCCACGUCGACGGGAAAUCAGGAACCCGAGGACGAAGUGUACGUGAGCACGUCCUGUUCUACGAUAUACUUGGGAACCUUCUCCCGGUCCGCUUCCACUUGUCUUCCUCGACCGCUCCACGUGAAUCAUCCUCUUCCCGUUAAGCUUCGCUCUGUCUAUUGGGAAGACCCGAAGAACGAAGCACAGGAGCUUUCUGUCUUCCUUCAACCGGAAGGUGGAGAGGAGUCGACGGAGGAAUCAUCGGGACCGGAUCAUCAUUACGAGAGUCUCUACGAGGUGAUCCGACCCGACGGCGACCCGGAAGACGAAGAUACCGAGGAUUCUUUCGAAUCCGACGAUUCCGACGACGACGGAACUCGGACGGGAGAAUACGAAGUCAACCAGGUGUCCGGAGGGGCGAAGAACCCGUACGGGAUGGGAGAAAAGAUCAAGCAGAGAUUGCGAAGGAAUUGGAGUAUGACCAAGAGCGACAUUCGUCAGGGAUUUAACCGGAUCCGGAAGAAGACGAAUCCCGGACCCCUCCUCGAGGACGACAACGGAGUGGCUCCAGCGCCGCCACCGGGGUCGCACAUCCGUGAAGAUUCAGGUGGUGGACAUUCGGAUUCCGGCUUCUCUUCGGUGGAGAAUGGUGUCCUUCCACCCCCUCCCCCUCAACCAUCCUCUCCUCUACCCCCACCCUUCCCGUCCUCCUCUCCUCCCCCACCACCGUCCUCCUCGCCUCCCCCCCCACCCCCUCCAUCCUCCUCUCCCCCCCCUUUGAAUGACGUGUGGCGAUGGGAGGGAGGAUUCGGCGAGGAGAGUUACGUGAGCAGUCACUUCGCAGAUGAACCCUUGUAUCAGUUCUACACGGCCACCGUUCUCGAGAUCUUGAAUUAUAGAGACUUCACUGAUGUUUGGUUUCCCAAUGAUUUUGGAGUGUUCGCCAACUAUAGAGCCAUCUGCAGAAUCAUCCUGGUCAAAUUUGGUCACAUCAUUCGUGGCGUUUUCUACAUUGGAGAGUGCACAAAAGGUGAGGCUUGUGUGAACAGCAAUCUCAACUCUCUUCCUCUUUUCUGA